AUGACUUACUCCUACGCAGCCCACGCUUUCGUCGGAAACGGGCGAAGCGCCCCCGGCCUCAUUAUCAUCUUAGUGGGGAGUGCAUGGUUUUUGUAUCUACGAAAUCGAAUGGCCAAGACCCGGGCCAACGGGGCCGAGUCGAAAGAUGCGAACGCCACAGACCCCCCGCUACUCCGGAAUCACUCUAAGAUAAUCUCAUAUACUGCACACCGGAGUGGUAUAACUUACCCCGGCAUUCGUGUCUUCUAUCGACGACAUCCCAAAGCGGAUGAGCUCCCCCAGCAUCCAGCUUCAUUACCUCUCUUAGUAUUUAUUCACGGCCUUGGAGGUUCUAUCGCUCAAUUUCACCCCCUUCUCACUAGUCUCGUCAACUCCGCAUCUUGCCUGGCUAUUGAUCUACCCGGAUGCGGUCUAUCCCAGUUUGCCCCGACGUCAUGGAAUGCGUAUACAACAGAUGCACUAACCGACUUACUCGAAACCGUCAUCGAUGGCUAUCGGGAGAAGGACCAAGGGCUUGUCCUAAUCGCCCAUAGCAUGGGGACUGCGAUUGCGGCAAGAAUCGCUAACAAGCAGUCGGCGUUCUACUUACGGCCUCCUUCACACGUGAUGGGACUAAUCGCAGUAUGUCCCGUGUCCGGGCCACCACCGCCGCGGGCUGUACGUAAUAUUCGCAUGCUACUCUCGCUUCCGGAUUUCAUCUUCAACUUAUGGCGGGCUUGGGAUCGAUGGGGCGGCCCCGAGAGCGCCAGUGUUAAGCGUUUCGUCGGCCCCGGCGCAGAUCUCGAGGCCCGGCAGCUCCAGGAUAAGUUUAAUAGUGGGAGUCGGACUCCGGUAUUUCGUCGAAUGGCGUGGGGCGCAUUGCCGAAAUAUUCUAAAGAUGGUAAAUUUGUCGGCGGUAUGUUUGGUGAACCCACUUGGGCCGGCCUCAAUAUUCCGGUCUACCUUAUUGGUGGCGAGCAUGAUACCGUCACGCCGCCUACAGAAAUAGAAAAGAUUCGCAGCCUUCUCGAAUCAGCAACCUCCGAAGGUAGUUCCCCUGAUGAUCUGUCUAACACUAGCGAGGUGGGUGCAAUUGUGGACGCCGCAGCCCCAGUGGACACUACAUCAGCACCACGGACACAUAUACCGGAGUCGAUCGAGGCAAUUACCGACGAUGAUUUUACACGGAAACAGCAGCAGACGUCAAACGUAGAAGAGCAUUAUGAAGAUCCUACUACGCCUAGGGAUCUGGACUCCAUUGGCGGUAUUCCUCCACAGCCCCAGCACCCGGCCAAGACCGUCAAAGUCACAAUAUUACCAGCUGGGCACGCUAUGCUUUACAUGCCAACCACGGUUCGCACUUUAGCAGGGCUAAUAGGCGACUUUAUGAAUGAUCACAUUACCGGUCGAUUUUCGCUGGGGUGGCAGCUACAACAUCUCUCGCGCGACGGCAAGUGGGAUGUUAAAAAUCUUGCCAAGUGGAAAAGCGUCCAACCCGUUUCUAAGCCCAUUGGAGGAGUCUUUCGCGCGAUGAAGACACUCCGCGAGGUCGACGAAGAGCAUUCACCUAAAGUCUUCACGGCUAAAUGGGGCCAUAUAAUUAAAGAUAUUAUUGAUAUCAGCCAUGCAGAUCCGGUGUAUGACCCCAAAAGUUUUGGAGAGGGGAUCAAGUACCACAAGUUUCCGACGGUGUCUAAAAUCCCACCAACAGACGCGGAAGUGGCCAGUUUUAUCAAAUUGGUGGACCAGAUCCGGGCAGAGCAAGCGGAACGUGCGGCAGAUGAGCACUCUUUUGUCGGCGUCCAUUGUCACUACGGAUUUAAUCGUACCGGUUACUUCGUGGUGUGCUAUCUUGUCGAACGUUGCGGAUACGGAGUCCAGCAGGCCAUCGAAGAGUUCGCGGCUAAACGACCAAAUGGUAUCAGACAUUCUCACUUCCUCGAUCGCUUGUACGUUCGCUACACUCCCGCCAUACGGAAAUAA